CCGUCGACGGCCGUUCUGUAUUCUCCUGUAACGGCCGCGGCCGGCCGCAAUUCUUAAAGAGACAUCUGCUACAGUAUAACCUUCAUACAUGAAAUAAUACAGCGUUAGUGGAUAAAUAAACACCAGACUUUUAUUUUGACACACUUAAAUGGCUAGGUCGCUAUUGACAUUUCUCCGGUAUUUUUGAGUUUAGCCUGUUGACUGACCGGCUGAGGACUUACUGUGCCUCUGGAGUUAUGGCUUCUAACAAGCGUCCGCGUCUUUUCUCAUUAGAUGAGAUGGUAUUGAUGUGCAUCCACCAUGUUUUGAUUUCCUCUGAAGAGUGUGGAGGUAGAUGUGCAUGUGCAGGGACAUGUAGCCACAGUGACCUCCACUCUGCUGUAUGUGAAUGGAGAAGAGCGCCCCCUAGAGGCUGUGUUUGUGUUCCCUCUGCCUGGAGAAUGUGCCGUCUGUCACCUCAGCGCCAAGAUAGGAGACACAGAGGUGGUGGCAAAGCUGCAGGACAAACAGAAGGCCCGGGAGGAGUAUGAUGAUGCGUUGAGCUCGGGCCACCAGGCCUUCCUGCUGGAGGAGAGUGAUCAGAGCCCAGACGUGUUCCAGCUGAACGUGGGCAGCCUGCCUCCAGGAGAGAGUGCUGCCAUCACUCUGGUCUACAUCUCAGAGCUGGACAUGCAAGCUGAUGACGCCCUGCGCUUCUGUCUGCCCGCUGUGCUCAACCCCCGCUACACACCCCAGGACAUGGACAGGAGUCAAAUGGCCACUGUGACAUCAGUCCCAGCUGGUACGGUGCCCUACACUUUGGCUCUCAGUGCUCACCUGUCCUCCCCCCAGCCCAUCUCUAAAGUGGAGUCCAACUGUGAUCUGGAGCCACUGGCUUACCUCAACCCAGACAAAACACAGGCCACGGUGAGUCUCUCUCCAGGCCACCUGUUUGAUCGUGAUGUGGAGCUGCUGCUGUAUUACCACGAUGCUCAUAAGCCCACUGCCAUAGUGGAGGCUGGACUGGACACUGCUGAGCCAGGCUCUUUGAUGAGGGACCCAGUUGUUUUGCUCAGCAUUUACCCAGAGUUCCCUGCUGCAGUAACAUCCUCACUUUCCACGUGUGGAGAGUUUAUUUUUGUGGUGGACCGAUCAGGGAGUAUGGACUGCGCAAUGCACUCAGGAAAAGAUGCAAAAAAAAAGAUGCGCAUAGAGAGUGCCAAGGACACUUUGCUCCUGCUCUUGAAGAGCCUCCCCAUGGGCUGCUACUUCAACAUCUAUGGCUUUGGCUCCCGUUAUGAACAUUUCUUCCCGAAGAGCGUUGAGUACAACCAGAAGACGAUGGAUGAUGCUCUUGAGAAAGUGAAGGGAAUGAGAGCAGACAUGGGGGGCACUGAGAUUCUUCAGCCUCUGAAACACAUCUACAGCCAACCCUGCAUCCCCAGUCACCCCAGACAGCUCUUCAUUUUCACUGAUGGAGAGGUGGGGAACACUAAGCAGGUUUUGGACUUGGUGAAGAUCAAUGGGAAUUCUCACCGGUGCUUCUCUUUUGGAAUUGGACAGGGCGCCAGCACUGCUUUAAUCACAGGCCUGGCCAAGGAGGCCUCUGGGCAUGCUCAGUUCAUCACAGGAACAGACCGCAUGCAGCCAAAGGUGAUGCAGUCUCUGCGCUAUGCACUGCAGCCAGCAGUGAAGGACAUCUCUGUCCACUGGAACCUUCCAGAUGGUGUAUCUGUCACCACUUUGUCUCCUCCACUCAAAGUGCUCUUCCAUGGUCAAAGGGCCCUGCUCUAUGCCCAGCUCAAAGGAGAGAACGCAGCGAAUCCUGAAGGAUCUGUGACAAUACAGUACAACCUCUUGGAGGAGACGGUCAAGAACCAACUCAGCUUCUGCCUCAGACCCACAGGAGACACAGGAGUGACUCUCCACCGGCUGGGGGCUCGGACUCUGAUCCGCUCGCUGGAGAUGGAGGAGAGGGCAGCAGGGCCAGAGGCGAAGGCCCUGAGAGAGAAGCUGCUGCAGCUCAGCCUGCAGUCUGGAGUCAGCUGCACACACACCGCCUUCAUCGCCAUCCACAAGGGCAGUGGACAGACUGUGCAGGGACCACUACUGCACAGAACUGUGCCAACGCCAGGAAUGUUUAUUGGUGCACCUAUGGCCCUUUGCUGUUCAAUGCCAAUGACAAUGCCAAUGGCUAGAAUGGCCCCAAUGCGUAAAAUGGCUAACAUGGCCCCAAUGGCUAGAAUGGCUGCAGUGCCUGCAAUGCUUCCUGUAAUGAUGUGCUGUGAUUCUAUGGAAGAUGAUGAUGAGAUGUUUGAUGGGGUUCAAGAACCAGAGUCUCCCCCAGAUCCCCUCCUUCAGCUGAUCUCUCUCCAGAAAGCCUCGGGGUCAUGGGAAAUGGAGUCCUCCAUGGCCAAGGUGUUGAAGAAGACAGAUGAUGAGUUAGACAAGCUGAUGCCAGUGGGGGUGGAUAAGGCUGUGUGGGCUACAGUUCUGGCUCUGAUUUGGCUCUAUGGUUUCCGCCUGGAUGCCCGGGAUGAAUGGCAGUUUGUAGCCAUGAAGGCAGCAUCAUGGAUUCAAGCUCAGAAAGUGGACUGUGUGUCUCAGUGUGUGCAGGCUGGAAAUGCUCUGCUGGGAUGUCAGCUGCAGCAGAAGACUCUGGGCCUCUGAAGACUUCACCACAUCUUGCCUCAUGUGUCUUAGAGCUUAUUGGCAUCACAAUAUCUUUCAUUUGCUUCUGUCAACAUAAUACAAUUAAUAUGCCCUCAUGUUUUUUAAAAUGAUGUUUGAGCUUUUUAACCUUUAUUUGAACAGUGAUGAAAGGAAAUGAGAGAGCAGUGCAGACAGAGGUGGGCACAAAAAUACAAACUGCAAAUACUUGCUCAUGAUGUGUAACAUAAUAAAAUGCAAAAUACUGGUGUGAAAAAAAUAUAUUUCAUUAAGAUAGAAAUAAUUAGAUAUUUGAAAAUGCAAACAUAUGCACACAUACACACAAUAAUCUUAAGUCUAUUUGAUUACUGAAAGGUCAUCACACCUGUUUUGUUAGACCAUCUAAAAAGUUUUUGUUAGACCAUCAGUUACAUUGUCAUUCUCCAAGGGAUAAUAAUGUGAGUAGACUGGUCUGCUGUAAAAGUCUGUGAAGCAAAGUCUUGGAUUAGUUGCACGUGAUUGAUGUGCAUCUAUCCAGAACUUUGCAGCCUACUCCUUGUCAAUUAGGCAACGAUGGUGAUAGAACAUAGGGCACUAGGAACUGACCUUGGUGAGCGGCUAGUCUUUAUCUGAGUGAUGAAGGAUCUUGUCUCAUUUGAGAACAAAAUAUUUUUUUUAUUAAGGGCCGAAUUCUCCCAUUCACGCCUAAGUCCUUAAUUACAUACUUCUAGUUACGCACAUUCUUGAACAAUUGAUUUACCUUGCUUGUUUGCAAGAUGAGAUUAUAAUGUUUACUUAUUUUACCUAAUGUAAUGCCAUUUUAGUAUGUCAAGCAUCAGAUCUGAGACUGGAAUGGAACUACAUGUUCUCAGGACUAGGCGUACUGCCGACAUCAAACGCAAUAUGCUGUUUCACCUUGUAGUUGCACUCGACUUGAUGAUACAGCCCUCAGAAAUGCUUAACAAAAAACGUUUGAUGUUGAUGGCAGAAUGUGUGCAGGCUGAAAAGUGUCGUUACAUGAUUUUUUGCCUAAAGCACAUAUGAGAAUGUGACCAAUCAGAAAAUAGUAUUUCUGAAUGAUGAAUACAUACAAAACUGCAGCAUUCCCCAACACCUCCACUAUGGAAACAUGGAAAAAUUGCCAGAGACUAUACCAAUACAUUUUACAUAACCACCCACAUUGGACUAUUGAUUCCAUCUUUGUGUUGACAUCUAUAAGACACUUUGCAUUUCCCCACUCCUAUUAAAGUUAUUUCUCUCUUA